AUGGCGGGUUCUGCCACUGCAGCAAAGAGCAAAAUCACAUUAAAAGGAAGCGCAGAUAUAGUAGCAGAAUUCUUUAAUUUCGGAAUAAACAGCAUACUAUUCCAACGAGGGAUAUACCCACCAGAGUCUUUCAAAAAGGAACAAAAGUAUGGAUUAACACUUUGGGUAACUAACGACGAACAAUUAGAUGAUUACUUGCAAAAAAUCAAUGGUUAUUUAAAAGAAUGGCUCUUAGCUAAAACGAUCCAAAGGUUGGUCCUUGUAAUCACUUCUGUGGAUACAAAUGAAGUCAUUGAAAGAUGGCAAUUUGAUGUUGUCUGUGAUAAAACAGCUAAAGGCGAUAGCGAUUAUAAAGAGAAACCGCUCUCACAGAUCCAAAACGAAAUUAAAGAUGUCAUUCGACAGAUUGUAGCUACCGUAACUUUCCUACCUUUAAUUGAGUCUACAUGUGUCUUCGAUUUACUUAUAUACACAGAUAAAGAUCUGGAAACUCCCGAUAAUUGGGAAGAAUCUGGUCCUCAAUUUGUACUCAAUUCUCAAGAAGUCCGUUUAAAAUCCUUCAAUACUCUUAUACAUAAAGUUGAUGCUGCAGUCAGUUAUAAGCUCAGCUAA